GGAUAGGACAGGAAAGAUUUCUGACUAGGCAGCCACAUCUACACAGACCAGGCAGAGCUAAUGAGACAUAAUAAAAGUACGACUCUGUAAAGAUGAAGAGAUGAGAUGGAGGAAGACAACGAUGACAACACAGCAGCUGGAGGAGGAGGAGAGUCUGAAACCAAAUCUGUACCAUCUGCAGCCAAUGAGAAAGUGAUACCUAAACUCACACUUGUGUUAAUUGGUGACAAGAAUUCCGUUGAGAUUGGAUCAAAAAACAUCUUACUUGACCAUGACGGACAAACUAACAUGGAACAGUUUUCAACCAAACUGUAUGAUUUGAGUGGUCGGCACAUCUCUGUCAUUAACAUGCUUGGUCUACAAAACAUUGAUAAAUUCCCAUUAAAUCAGGAAAUUCAUGCAUUUCUCUUACUGUUACCAAAUGGUCUGCAUAACAACCAUUACAGUUCAGGAAUGCAGUGGUUAGAAAAAACUUUUGGGAAAGGAUCACUUGCUUAUGUAAUGACAGUUGUGACUCAUAAGUCAGGUGAAAACUCUGAAAGUGCCCUGACAGACCUGAGAGCAAACAGCAGUUUUGUUGAAAAAAGAUUCCACACAUGUACAAGAAGUAUGAUGGAUGAAAUAGAGAUAAUAGCUCUGCUGGAAAAAAUAGACAUCAUGGUCUCUGAAAAUGAUCACCACUGCUACAGUGGAGUGAUGUGUGAUGAAAAAGAAGAGCAGAAACUACACCUGCUGGACCACAAAGAAGAAACAAUGGAUUCCUCAGUGUUUCAGCAAAAUCAAAGAGUAGAGGAGUUGGAGGAGAAUUCAGCUGAAAUCAAGUGUGAUCCAGUGAAUGAACCUGGUGAAGGUGAACACUCAGAGAAGAAUGAUGACAACACAGGAGGAGAGUCUGAAAUCACAUCUGUAUCAUCUGCAAACAAUGAGAAAGUAGACAAGCUGGAGGAGAGUGCAGCUGAAUCAGAGGUGAAGUGUGAUCCAGGAGAUGAAUCUGGUGAUGGUGAACAAUCAAAGAAUGAAGACAACACAACAGUAGGAGGAGAAUCUGAAAACAAGCCUGAACUAUCUGAAACAACUGAUGAAGGUAACAUUUUAAUAAAUACUUUAAUAGUAUUUAUUUUUAUUUUGAUCUUGUUCAAUCUGUGUUUCUCAUGUAACUCUGCAGUAGAGGAGUCGGAGGAGAAUUCAGCUGAAAUCAAGUGUGAUCCAGGAGAUGAAUCUGGUGAUGGUGAACAAUCAAAGAAUGAAGACAACACAACAGUAGGAGGAGAAUCUGAAAACAAGCCUGAACUAUCUGAAACAACUGAUGAAGGUAGCUCAGAUAAAGAUACAAGUGGAAACGAGGAGUGUGAUCCAGGAGAUGAAUCUGGUGAUGGUGAACAAUCAAAGAAUGAAGACAACACAACAGUAGGAGGAGAAUCUGAAAACAAGCCUGAACUAUCUGAAACAACUGAUGAAGGUAGCUCAGAUAAAGAUACAAGUGGAAACGAGGAGCAGUCAGUGGAGAUUUCUGAAGAGAUCAACAAGAAAAAAGAAUAUCAAAGAGAAACUGAAACACUGUUUGACAGACUUCACCUUCAAGACAAAUAUCAACAGAAGUUGACACCAGCAGAUUUUCUUAAAAUAGUUCCACCUGUGAAACAGGACCAUGACACAUCUGAGAAAGAUCUAGCUCAUACUUUUCUUCAGAGGUUGUUGAUUUUAGACUACAGAGCCAGAUAUAUUCCUGUAAGACAAGACAGUCCUGAGGUGAGUCAUUCAAAGCCUGAUCCAGAGUCUGACACUGUUGAGACAGACAAUGAUGACUUAGAUUUAGAUGAUCUUUUAAGCAACACUGUAGACUGUGAUCAAUCAAAACAGACUCAUGUACAUCCAAUGGAUGUUCAAAUGGCAGUAUUUCACUGCUCAGACAGCUUUUUUAAGCAGAACAUGAUUACAAAGCUAUCACAAUGUCAGUACGCCUUACCGUUGCUUGUUCCUGACCCAGUCACAGUGGAUAUUGACUGUCCUCUGUGGACAUUCAGACAAAUAAGAAAAAGCUGGAAGAUAACCAAAUUCAAAGAUAAUUCAAACAUUGUCACCAUGAAGAGUUUGCCCAUCUGCAAAGCUGAGACAGCCAUGGUGUCAUUUCUCCGCCUGGGUUCACUAUCUCUGUCUAAAUCUCAGCUGAUGAACACUUUGAUCAACGACCGUCACAACACCUUCUUCCACAGAAACUGUCCAGGUAGCACCAAGUCUCGUCAUCUGAUGGAUGGUGUGGCAGAGAUUGCCUGGUACUGCCCUGCUGGAAAACCCAAUGAUACCUUCACUGACUGCAUUGCCUUCUGUAAUCUUCAUGGUGAUGCUCUGUCAUUUGAAAAACAGCGUGACAUACUGAUGGAAAAAUCUUCAGUCAAUGUAGUUCUUGUACCAACUCUGGAAAAAGGUGACAAAAGUUCUGCAAUUCUCACUGGAAUCUCAGCCUUUCUCAAGUCUCAGAAGCCUCUCAUUAUUCUUAUUGCUGAUAAUGAUCAUGGUGUAGUUAAGAUGAAAAAAGGAAAAUACAAAAUGGGUCUAAAGGACAGAAGCCUGUCAGAUGUUUCUGAAGAACUUAAAAAAAUCAUUGGAGACAUUUUAUCUGGACCACAUGCAUCCUUCCAGCUUGAAACCAUGACUGAGGUCUCUGGAAUCAGAGUGGAUGAAGAUGACAAUGACUGCAAAAAUGGGAAAUCUGCUGCAAAGCAAAUAAUGAAUUUGCUUGAAAAGUUGGUAGUUUCAAAGAUCAAAGAUGAAUUUCUCCCUUGUCAAGGCCAACUGUGGCAUAAGUGGUGCAGAACAAACAAAGAACUGUAUCACCUCAAAGGACACAUUGAGAAGGAGAAAUGUCAAAAGCAACAGGAACUGAUGCAAAUACGACGAGAUCAAUGCACUGCUUCCUGUAGUGAACUGAUGAAGUUGUUCAUUGAAAGCCUCUCAUCAUUGCCAUCAACAGACAAGAAGUAUUUUCUGAAGUGGACUCAGAUCUUAAUAGAUGCCCUCUCCGCAGAUGAUCUUACUUCAAUUCUCCAAAGCUAUGAUGAAAAGUGGUCUGAGGUCUUGGCUUUGAAGAAGGAGAAGAAGCAUGACAAAUCUGAUCUGUUAAGAAGAAAGCAAACUGAGCUUGAUCAAAUAUCAACAGAAUUACAGUCAGCAACUUUUGGCUUGGAGCACAUCUUUAGAGAAAUGGGACAGAUCUAUGAAGCACAUGCAUCUCUGCAGAAACGAACAAAGAGGGGACAGACUGACUGGUCUAAAUACCCUGAGCUGGCUGCAGAGCUGAUGAUAUCAGGACACCCAAUGGAGCUGAUGGAUGGUGAUGCAGGUCAUGUGCCUUUGACUUGGAUCUCUAGUCUUUUAGAUGAAGUCAUAAAGAAACUGGGCGACAAGAGAGUUUUUGUUUUGUCUGUUCUAGGCGUACAAAGCAGUGGAAAAUCAACAAUGCUGAAUGCCAUGUUUGGGUUACAGUUUACAGUGAGUGCUGGCAGGUGCACCAAGGGUGCCUUCAUGCAGCUGGUCAAAGUGUCAGAGGAGAUGAAGAAAGACUUUCAGUUUGACUAUGUUCUAGUGGUGGACACUGAAGGACUGCGUGCUCUUGAGUUGGAAGGUAACGCCACUCUUCAACACGACAAUGAACUGGCAACAUUUGUUGUUGGUCUGGGAAACAUGACACUGAUCAACAUCAUGGGAGAGAAUCCAGCUGAGAUGCAAGAUGUUCUGCAGAUUGUUGUCCAGGCGUUCAUGAGGAUGAAGAAAGUUGAACUUUCUCCAAGUUGUGUGUUUGUUCACCAGAAUGUUACAGAUAUUGCAGCUGCAGAGAAAAACUUGGAUGGAAAGAGACGGCUGCAAGAAAAACUGGACCAGAUGGCCAAACUAGCAGCCAAAGAAGAGGUCUGUGAUGCUGAGUGUUUCAGUGACGUCAUUGCAUUUGAUGUGCAGAAAGAUGUGAAAUACUUUGCCCAACUAUGGGAGGGGAGUCCACCUAUGGCUCCUCCAAAUCCAGGUUACAGUGAGAGCAUCCAAGAGCUGAAGACCUUCAUCCUCUCUAAAGCUUCACAGUCUGCUGGGACUACUCUUUCACAAUUCAAAGGCAAAAUUAAUGACCUGUGGAACGCCCUGAUGAACGAAAACUUUGUUUUCAGUUUCAAAAACACACUUGAAAUUGCAGUGUACAGAAAACUUGAGGUCAAGUAUGGGAACUGGACCUGGACCCUGAGGAGCAACAUGUUGACCAUUGAGAACAGGCUUUAUACCAGAAUUGAAAAUGGAAACUUUGACAAGGUAGAGUCCGAUUAUCUUAAUAAAGAAAUGAACAAAACCUAUGAAGAAAUCAAACAAGCAAUGACAACAUACUUUGAUGAUGACAAAGACAAAGAAAUGUUGGUUCAGUGGCGAGGACAAUUUGAAAACAAAAUCAAGGAGUUUCAUGAUGAACAAGUGAGAGGAGUUAAAAGAAAACUGGAUGAAGUCAUCCAGCAGAAGAAUGCUUGUAAAAAGCUGGAUGAUAAGAAGACAGAGUUUGAGAACAAGCUGCUACAAAAGAGCAAAGAGCUCGCUCAUCAGUUAAAGGACAAGGCAAAAGAUGAAGAGGAACUCAAGAAGCACUUCAACUCUGUCUGGAGUGGCUGGGUUAGGGAACUAACUGCAGAUACAAAACCUAUUGAGGACAUCAACUUGAAAGAUGAUCAGUCAACUAUUCUUCAGGAGCUUGGUUUUGAAUGGUCUCUAAUUAAUGCUUCUGAAAGAAGUGGCAAAUACAAAAACAUAUCAGAGGUUGGUGAUUACAGUCAUUAUGUAUCACAUUCAAACAAAAUAGGAAAAUUUUACUUUCAGUUGACAGGUCACUAUGAACAGCAAUUGAUCAGAUCCCUCAUUAACGAUGUUGAAAAACAGUCGCUUGAUGCAAUUAAGAGCAAACCUGUCACUAUAAGAGGCUACAGUCUGACUUACUUGCAAGAACUGGCCAACAAUGUGAAAAAAAAGGUGACAGAAUAUGAAUCAAAGAGGAACUAUGCUCUAAAGAAGGAGUUUACAGUUGAUCUCAUACUGUAUGUGUUUCACAGAGCAGAGAGUUGGCUUUCAGAGUCCCACAAGAUAUUCAAAGGAAACAAUGAUGCACUCAGUUACGUAGAAAGCAAGAAAAUACAAUAUUACAACAUUUUCAGAAGCUUCUGCAAAGGAAACUCAUCUGCUGUUGUACUUGGAGAACUGAUGUGUGAAAAACUGAAGGUUUCCACUGUUGAGGCUGUCUGUAACAAGACUGCCAUUGAUCUCGCUGGAGAGAUGAGGUGUACUUUCCCAGCAUUCAGUGGGAACAGGCUGAACUUGGAGAAACAUGUGUUGAAGUCACUGGCUGAGAAAGAAGACUUUGAUGGUUUUAUCACCUACAUCAGACACCCAAGGAAACAAGCAGAGGCCUUUAUAAAAGAGGAAGUACAGAAAUACAUCUUCACAGACAACAAAGAUAAAGCACGGAAUAUACUCAAGAAACAUGUUGAAGACAUCAAAAACCUUCUGAGUCAAGCUUUAUUUACUGCUACAGAGAAAGUCAAAAAACAAAGAGGAGACCCAGACAUGUGGGUGAAGGAACUUUCCAGUUUGUUAAAAGAUCAGCUAACAUUCAACACCAUCUGUUGUCAAAACUUCAGUGACAUAAACAAUUUUGACUUUCUUAAAGAAGAGACAGAGAAAGGCCUUGUAUCUGUCAUAGAGGAAGUGAGCAGCCUCUCACUGGAUAAGAUGAAGGAAUUCAGGAUGAAGCCUGAUCAAAUCCUCAUUGAUCAGCUGUGUAACUGUUGCUGGGUAACGUGUCCAUUCUGUGCAGCUGUUUGUACCAACACAUUGAAAGAUCACAGUCCUGACAAACACAAUGUCCCUUUCCCUCGCCCCUCUGGGAUUAAAGGAUGGCACAAGACAGGCACGGUGGAACUGGUCAUCGAUUUCUGCACAACAUCAGUUGCAAGUGAUAAAAGUUUCCGUCCCCAUCAUGAUUCAGAUGAGUAUAUUCCUUAUAAAGAGUAUCAAAAGGCUGGGGAGGAGUAUGCUACAUGGCAGAUUACUCCUGAUGAGUCUAAGCUGACAUACUGGAAAUGGUUUGUCUGUCGAUUUCAAAAACAACUGGAAGAUCACUAUAAAUUAAAAUUCCAGGGAAGAGGAGAAAUUCCCAGUGAGUGGAGAAAACACAGUAAAGAAGAAGCUAUUGAAAGUCUGGAUGACAUGUACAAUCUGGGAGUGAGCCAGAAACAACCACGACCCUACUCAAAGUAACAGAAAGCCCUAAGUGCCUUUAGCUGUUUAAAAGAAAUAGCAAUUAUUUAUUUGGUGUAAUUAAAUUCAUUCAAAACAGGAGAUCUCAUUAAAAGACAUCAUAACACACAACAAGUUUAGUAUUCAUACUAAUUUAGUUUUAUAUAAAUGUCUCUGUAAUUUUAUGUUUUGUAAACUG